AUGGCCCAGACUGUCGCCCUCCGCCGUCGUCAGAACAAGAGUUGCGACCAGUGUCGGGCUGGCAAACGGCGAUGCGAUGUCGAAGUCGCUGUCCACGAAGUCCCCGCCCUCAGUGGCCUCGGUCUCCCUUCCAGUGAUGAACCUGAGCCGACAAACAUAUUCGCCUCCUCUCCGUGCACGAAUUGUAAGAAGUGGAAGAAGGCGUGUACAAUUGAGUGGAUCAAGUCGCAUCAAAGGCGCCAGUCGACCACCACAAAACGCCGGCGAGAAUCGAAGGGAAUGCCACCAGAGAUGGAUGAUAAUGACACGCAGGAGGCAUGGCUGGACGGCGUCUCAGGUCUUCCACAGGAGGAUAUCGAUUCCAUGCUCGGCGACUCUCUCAACCGAUCAAUAUCCAGGGAAACGUUUCCGGAUGGGUCAACGGCAGGCUUGUCGGCGAAUACAAAUACAAUGUUCGAGAACUUCAACGGGUCACAACACGACGAUAGCGCCUCUCUCAUGCACUCGCAACUUAAUCAGCCCUACUAUAACUUCGCACCUUUCGACGGUUCCGAGCCCUAUUCGAACAGCUACUACGUGGCUCAGCCCAUGCUCGACCCGGAUGUGGCUAUUGACGGUCAUUCCUCCACGAGUUACCUCUCCGACGGUUCCAGCUCUUGGGGACAGCCAAUGUCGAAUCCUCAGUCGGUAGUGGACAGCCAGGAUCAGGACUCAACAGUGCAGGAACGUCGAUUAUCCCCUCCAUUCUAUGGAAAUGGCCAGAUGAACAAGACCGCGUCGCCUUUUGCCUCGAAUUUUCUUGCAGAAGGUCAUAGUCGGCUGUAUAUCAAAAAGGGCCUGCUGAAAAUCUACCACGACUCCCUCGAGGGUGCUCUGAGCUGUUGGCUGAUUGAGAGGAACUGCCCCUAUGCGUCGAGUCCAUUUGUAGACGAAAGAGAUGCUUGGAGCUCUAAAUGGUCUAACAGAAUUGUGGCACGUGUCCGCGCAUUGGACGACGCCUAUUCGAGGAGUGGUCUCUUGUCUCAAAAUGACCAGAAGCAGGCUUCGAACGUCCUCAGCCUUGUGGUCAUGGCUUUUGCGGUGCAGUGGGCCCAAUCUGCCUACGGAAAGCACGAGAACCUAAGCACGCAUCUACCUGAACAUGGGGUUUUUGGGCGCAAUAUGCAAAAGGCACUCUGGCACAAAGCCAACACGGCUCUCAGUCAGGCUGUGGGAAAUCCGUCUUUCAAGGUCAUAUUUGCGGCGAUAAUAUUUUCUUUGACGCAACGUCCCAUGGACUCGGCGGAAGUCCUCCCCAGCCCAUCUUCGCGUCGACGGACUGACCUCGCCUCGCUGCGGCAGAUUCUCGAUCAUGACGGUGGUCCCAUCUUCUUGGAUGUCGCUGUCCGCAAACUGCAUGAUCAUCAACGAAAACUCAGGGACGCUGAACGCUCUCGAGACGGUCGUCACCUGGCGUUACAAACCUCGAUCAAUCUGGGCGAGCAGGACAAACAGACGUUUGGGCUCAUGUUCUGGCUCGCCAUCAUGUUUGACACCAUAUCCGCGGCCAUGAAUCGACGGACUUUCACUCUCAACGACGGCGAAACCAGUAUCGUUGAAGACGUUCCGCCGCCGGCCCCAAGGCUCUCAACAUCCGUCAACGGCUUUGCCUGUGAUCUGGACGGUUAUUCUGGCUUCUCCAACAUGAACAGUUCUCAGUUAGCUCGAGAGUCACAUAUAUGGGGUAACUAUUUUCUUCGUCAGCAGUCAAGGAUCGGAGACGUCCGCAAGCAAACGACACGGUGGCCAUGCUCCUAUGUCGACGCUGCCGCAUGCCUCGCCGAUGCUGCUCCCGUCAAAGUCCUCGUUUUUCGCCGAGUAGGACAUCUUCAAGAUCUCUACUAUCAGCGAGCGCCUCCCGAUGCGAUCGAGAAUGCCAUCGCAUCCACGUUGGAGGUCUACAAUCACUGGAAUAAUACCUACGGCCGCUUCAUCACCGACUGCGUGGCAAAUCAUGAGAACCUUCCCCUCCGCAUUCAAUCAUGGUAUAUCCUCCUGGCGAGCCACUGGCACCUGGCCAUCCUCAUUUUGUCGGAUCUGAUCGAGAAGCUGGAUGACUCGAACAUGACCUUGCCGGCAAAUCGGACCGCGAGACAGACAACGGAAUUCUCUGCAGCCUUAAGGUUCCGCUCUGUGUACGCCGUGUCAGACCUCGGCCGAUGUUCGCGCUUCGGCAACGACGAUUUGUCCUUCGCGCGAUCUCCCGACUUCCACCACGCGGUCAAUAAAGCGGCAUUACUAACAGAACCAUGGACAGUAGUUUUAGUGCGCUCGUUCGCACACGCCGGAGAGGCUCUUGUCAAAUUGAUCCUGUCGAGGCGGGAGCCUGGACUUUUCAUGGACACCAACCACCUCUCGGAAGCAAGGAGUCGACUGAAUGAUUGUAUCGAGGCGUUGUGGCUGCUUGGACGCAAAAGUGACAUGGCGCUAAGUGCAGCAAAAAUUCUUCAAGAGGCUGUGAACCAGGGUUCGGCAUAA